AUGGCGCGGACCAAGCAGACUGCCCGCAAGUCCACCGGAGGAAAAGCCCCUCGCAAGCAGCUGGCCACUAAGGCUGCCCGGAAAAGCGCCCCGGCCACGGGUGGGGUGAAGAAGCCCCAUCGCUAUCGGCCGGGCACCGUAGCCCUGCGGGAGAUCCGCCGCUAUCAGAAAUCGACAGAGCUCCUGAUCCGCAAACUGCCUUUUCAGCGCCUGGUAAGGGAAAUCGCCCAGGACUUCAAGACGGACCUGCGCUUCCAGAGCUCUGCCGUCAUGGCCUUGCAGGAGGCGAGCGAGGCUUACCUGGUGGGUCUCUUCGAAGAUACCAACCUGUGUGCCAUCCACGCCAAAAGGGUCACCAUUAUGCCGAAAGACAUUCAGCUGGCGCGUCGUAUCCGUGGGGAGAGGGCUUGA